UACUUUUCUUCACCAAUGGGAGUUGACUUCUAAGAGGCGCAAAAUAUCAACUGUCAGGAUAGGUCGAUAUAGAUUUGUGUUUGUACUGGACUGCAGUGGUAUGAGGGAAAUAAAUCAGAUGGGAUGUUUGUAUGAGUCGUCAUAUAUUUACCAUAGUUAGAUUGAUGCUUUGGAUUGAUAAAUCAUCACUGAAAACCACGCAUUCAGCUAUGCAGGCUAACGUUACUCUCUUAUUAGACAUUCUCUGUAUGAAUUCAGCUAGGUAACUUAGCUAACUAGCCGUGGUUAGCUAGCUGGUGUUGUUAUUAACGUUAACUUAGAAAGUAGUUGUUUUUUCCCCAUGUGAUAGGGUAGCAUUUGUGUGAAUAGUAAUGCCGAGCAUUCCGCAGAAUAAUUUGAAGGAGCAACUUGAGCGACACAAUCAUGCUGUUCAGAGCAAAUUGUCACUGGCCAAACCUAAACCUGGGGUUUUUACUUUCAAAAAGAAGUCAGCUUCGUCCAGCUCCAACACUGAAGGUGCAUCAAAGGUAACGGACUCAAGUGGUCUAGCAAACAGGAAUGUCAAUAUUUCCCAUAACAGUGCUGUAACCAAACCCCAUUUGACGUUUUCAACCAAGACUGAUAGGCCAACUCCAAAAUUCACCUUCCUCUCGGCUAACCCGAAAAGCAAACCACAAGCCAUUACUCUUCCACCAAACCCAUUUGCAGUGAACAAGUCCAUCUUAGACCAGACAGUUUCCAAACUCUCCACAGCACCGGUCAAGCAAGAUGAAAAAGCUUCAGUUAACAAAACGUCUUUGCUGGACAGUUCUUUUGGCAUCCACAAUGACGACUGGGAUGACUUUGAUGACUUUGAGACUCCAGUCAAGGGGAGUACUGUGUCUCCAAGCCCUGCAACAUUAUUGAGGGCUUUGCACCCCCCCAGCGCUGAACCAGGGGACACUCCAGUCAAAAGAAAAACGGAAUCCCCAGGCCAUGCAUUACCAGUAAAGCUAUCACAUGAAUGUGAUGCCGAAUUGGGUAAAGACAGAGAAACUGAAGGUGACAGAAGACCAGUUUGUAAAACCACCAACACAGAGCGACACAGUGUCAUCAGCAGCCAUGGCGGUUCACCUGAAAUUCCCCCAUCUGGGAAAGAUCCUGACUCCACCUUUGAGAUCCUUUGCAGGGCUAUAAAGAAUAACAUUCAUCCUCAACUGGAAGAGACUGACCCAGGAGAUUCGUCAGUGAAGGUCAUAAAAAGACACCGGUCAGUCCAGAAGAAACUGGCUGUGUUGAGCGACAGCGAGGACGAGGCUGAAGUUGAGGCUGGGCCAUCAGACAAAUUUACAGAAGAUGACUCUAUUUGCAUUCAAGAUACACAAAUUGACUGCAUUGACCCAGAUGUCCUGCACAAUGAUGACAAGUUGGAGUCAAGGGAUAUGGACUUCAUACCACCAUCACCACCCAAGGAUGAGAGGCCCUCUCUGAGCAAAACAAGUCCCCGAAGUCUCUUGCCCCACAGAGAGUCUGUCGGAAGUCUGUUUGGAGUCACUGACGUCCAAUCCAAAGAUACCAAGGGGCCUGAUGCUAAAUCAGACGAUGCACUCUUCAUCAUUAUGGAAACUAUUUGUCGACUGGUGGACACCAUCCCCGAACAUGAGUUGAUUGGCCUAAGCUGUGGCACUGAUCUUCUUCUACAGCGAGCUCAGAGGAAAAGAAUUCUUGCUAAUGGAGGUAUGCCUAGAACAUCCGUUUCAGACAAAGGAAUAACACCCUUGCCCAAGGCAUCAUUCCGGCAAAGUUCUGCUUUUGACACCACACCCAGUCUGAAGUCAACGACGUCACCUUUCUAUGAGGAGAUCAAGAACAGUUCCAAGACAGAGUUCCUAUUCAGGAAGUCCAUCUCCUCUGUCAUGCCGGUGGAUUAUGACAGCAGUGUCUUUGAAGACUCCAGCUGCCUCAUCAGCGAUGUCCAGACUCCAGGCUCCUCCUGGAGACCCUCAGCGUCCUCCACCAAACCCACUUUCACCGAGGAGAAAAAGGAUAAGCGCUCCAGCAAUUUCAACUUUUGGAGCAGUAAUGACCAGAAUGAUGACUGCUUCUCGAGGCCAUCUUCCCAGCAGUCUGAUGUUCAGAUAGUAGAAGAUGACGAACCAGAGGCCUUGUUUUACUCCCCCAAGAAGCCAGCUAGUGGACCUAAGGUGACCGCAGAAAAAAGAGUGGGGGACAGCAGGCAGUCGUCCAGUCACAUAAAUAACUGGACAGACGCAGAUGGGGACGACUUCUACAUUGACGACUUUGACAUUGAUGAGUUUGAUGAGGCAGACAUUCCGGAAUAUUUUGACGAACCUCCGACUACGAGCACCUCCACUUCCAAUCGGACUUCCACUUCAUUCGUCUCUGCAAUACGGGAGGGAGGGCCAGUGAAGUCCACACCGGCCAGAAGAGCAGUGUCCACGCCGAGCCCUGCCCCUGCUCUUAAACCAUCCAAGCCCUCUUCUCCAGAGCCUAAUUACCGUAACCCGGCCCAUGACCGGUUCAGGGGCUUCAGCUUCCCCCACUCGGCAGAGAUGAUGAAGAUCUUCCACAAAAGGUUUGGUCUCCACCAGUUCCGCUUCAACCAGCUGGAGGCCAUCAAUGCUUCUCUACUGGGCCAAGACACGUUUGUCUUGAUGCCUACAGGAGGAGGUAAAAGUCUGUGCUACCAGCUGCCUGCAUGUGUGUCAUCAGGUGUUACCGUGGUGAUCUCACCACUGCGCUCACUGAUUGUAGAUCAGCUGCAGAAGCUCACCACCUUGGGUAUCCCAGCCUCCAGUCUGUCUGGGGACAAGAAGGACAGCGAGGUCAACCGCAUCUACAUGCAGCUGUCCAAGAAGGACCCAGUCAUUAAGCUGCUCUACGCCACGCCAGAGAAGGUCUCCGCGAGUGGCAGGAUGAUCAGUGCGCUGCAGAACCUGUUUGAGAGGAGCCUCCUCUCACGCUUUGUCAUUGACGAGGCACAUUGUGUCAGUCAGUGGGGUCAUGACUUCCGACCAGACUACAAGCGUCUGAAUGAGCUGCGGCAGAAAUUUCCCAGGGUGCCCAUCAUGGCUCUGACAGCCACAGCGACACCGCGUGUGCAGAAGGACAUCCUCAACCAGCUGCAGAUGAGCUCCCCACAGGUCUUUAACAUGAGUUUUAAUCGACACAACUUGAAGUAUACGGUACUACCCAAAAAGCCCAAGAAGGUUGAUGAGGAUUGUAAAGAAUGGAUCAAGAAACACUACCCACGUGGCUCUGGCAUAGUGUACUGCUUGUCGAGGAAUGACUGCGAUGCCAUGGCAGAGAGUCUCCAGAGAGCGGGCAUUGCCGCCCUGGCGUACCAUGCGGGCCUGAACGACAGUGAUCGAGAGUAUGUCCAGAGCAAGUGGAUCAACCAGGACGGCUGCCAGGUCAUCUGUGCCACCAUUGCCUUUGGCAUGGGCAUAGACAAGCCGGACGUGCGCUACGUCAUCCAUGCCAGCCUUCCCAAGUCUGUGGAGGGCUACUACCAGGAGUCAGGCAGGGCGGGCAGAGAUGGAGACAUCUCCGAGUGUGUGCUCUUCUACUCCUACAAUGACGUCAUCCGCAUCAAGAGGCUCCUCACCAUGGACAAGGAUGGGAACCGGCAGGCCAGAGCCACCCACUUCAACAACCUGCACAGCAUGGUGCACUUCUGUGAGAACAUGGCUGAGUGCAGGCGCAUCCAGCUGCUGGCUUAUUUCGGCGAGCACAAUUUCAACAAGAGCUUCUGCACGGAGCACCCUGAGGUCAUAUGUGACAACUGCUCUAGACCAAAUAAAUACAAGGUGAGAAAUGUGACCGAAGAUGUGAAGAAGAUUGUGAAGUUUGUGCAGGAGAACUGUGAGAAAGUGGGCAACCGCUACAACAAAUCUGCUCAGCAGAGCCGACUGACCCUGAACAUGUUGGUGGACAUCUUCAUCGGUCAUAAGAGUGCCCGUGUCCAGACAGGGAUGUUUGGGAUCGGCGCUGCCUACACUCGACACAACGCAGACCGUCUCUUCAAGAAGCUGGUGCUGGACAACAUCUUGGAGGAGGAUCUGUACAUCACUAAUAACGGACAGGCCGUGGCCUACAUCUCCGCUGGCCAGAAGGCCAUGAAUGUCCUGGGUGGCUACAUGCAGGUGGAAUUCUACGAGACAGAGAAUGCCUCCAGCAUCAGGAAGCACAAGGCGGCGGUCACCAAGAAUGUCUCCAAGAGGGAGGAGAUGGUGCAGAAAUGCCUAGAGGAGCUCAACGACCUGUGCAAGAAGCUGGGCAAGAUCUUUGGCAUCCACUACUACAACAUCUUCUCCACUGCCACGCUCAAGAAGAUCGCUGAGACGCUGUCUGCGGACCCCGACGUGUUGCUGCAGAUUGACGGCGUGACGGAGGACAAGCUGGAGAAGUACGGAGCAGAACUCAUCGAGCUACUGCAGAAGUACUCCGAGUGGCAGCUCCCUGUCGAGGAGGAGCCGGAGAGUUCCGGCUGGAUCGACACGGCGCAGGGUCGCCACGAGAUGGACGAGGAUGAGGACGAGGAAGACGAUUCUUCGACCUACUUCCGGGGCAACAGCCGAGGGGGGAAGAGGAAAAAGGCAGGAUACUCCAGGAAACCCAAGAGGAGAAGAGGAGGCUACCAGAACCAGAGCUCCUCUGCCAAAGGGGGGUACAGCAACAGCUCCUGGAGCUCCUCUGGCUCCUACAGCAGCAGCAGCAGGGGUGCUUAUAAAUCUCGAGGCCGAGGGGCAGCAGGCCGAGGUGCAUCUGGCCGAGGGAGCGCAAGCAGUGCUCCGCAGGCGGCCCCAGCAGGCCGGAGACCGGGCUUCAUGGCCAUGCCAGCACCCCAGAGUGCGGCACGCCCCUUCCUCAAACCUGUCUUUUCCCACAUGCCCUGAAGAGGGAGCUGUUUCACUGACCUCAGUUAUCCAGCAAUGAGCUGACUGCUAGGUGUAAAUAUGUGUAAUAUUUGUUAGAUAAACAUUGUUUGUACUUUAUAUUUUUGUAUGUGUGGUCCUGUGUUCAGGAUAUCUGUUUGUUCUUUUGUUGAAAGGUAAUUUAAGUUAUAAAGUUGAAUAGUUUUAAGCUUCAACUGUCAUUAAAUGAAUUAAAUUUGAAUAAGAAUCA